AUGGUUCGUCGGAAGCUUUUUCGAAUUGCAAUUCUGGAUGCCGCGGUAGCUCUGUUCGUCGCAUGUCUAGCCGCUGCUUUCUCCCACGUGGCUGCGAUAUCCAAUGACGCGCAAGCCGAAGAGAGGCUCAUAGGGUGGAAGGGGGAGAGCUUCAACUCAACCAGUGGUGACGACCCUUCGCAGAGGCAAUGGAUAGAGCUCAUCUCGUGGGAGCCAAGGGCCUUCCUGUUCCACAAUUUCCUGACUGCCAAGGAGUGUCUGUAUCUGAUCCACAAAGCAGCACCCAACAUGGUCAAGUCAACUGUUGUCGACAGCGACUCAGGCGGCUCCUACAGCAGCAAGAUUCGGACGAGCUCUGGAUCAUUUCUAUCGCGGGGAUCAGACGAGGUGGUGGCUUCUAUCGAGAAGAGAAUAUCCGAUUUCUCCCACCUGCCUGUGGACCAUGGGGAGGCCAUACACGUAUUGCAUUACGAGCCCUCCCAAGAGUACCAGGCGCAUUUUGACUAUUUCCAUGAUGACAUCAACACACGCAAUGGGGGGCAGAGGCUCGCUACUGUUCUCAUGUACCUAUCUGAUGUGGAGGAAGGCGGAGAGACGGUGUUUCCAGCAGCAGAGCUCACCCCGGACAACAUCCACUCGCCGAUACCACUGGACUCGCAGCUCUCUCAAUGCGCCAAGGGCCUGCUAGCAGUGAAGCCCAAGAGGGGCGAUGCGCUGCUGUUCUGGAACCUCAAGCCCGACACAACCCUCGACCCUAAGAGCUUGCACGUGAAGCCCAAGAGGGGCGAUGCGCUGCUGUUCUGGAGCCUCAAGCCCGAUACAACCCUCGAUCCCAAGAGCUUGCACGUGAAGCCCAAGAGGGGCGAUGCGCUGCUGUUCUGGAACCUCAAGCCCGAUACAACCCUCGAUCCCAAGAGCUUGCACGUGAAGCCCAAGAGGGGCGAUGCGCUGCUGUUCUGGAACCUCAAGCCCGAUACAACCCUCGAUCCCAAGAGCUUGCACGUGAAGCCCAAGAGGGGCGAUGCGCUGCUGUUCUGGAACCUCAAGCCCGAUACAACCCUCGAUCCCAAGAGCUUGCACGUGAAGCCCAAGAGGGGCGAUGCGCUGCUGUUCUGGAACCUCAAGCCCGAUACAACCCUUGACCUGAAGAGCUUGCACGCUCUCCCUACAACCCUCGACCCCAAGAGGGGGGGUGCGUUGCUGUUCUGGAACAUCAAGCCCGACACAACCCUCGACCCCAAGAGGGGGGGUGCGUUGCUGUUCUGGAACAUCAAGCCCGACACAACCCUCGACCCCAAGAGGGGGGGUGCGUUGCUGUUCUGGAACAUCAAGCCCGACACAACCCUCGACCCCAAGAGGGGGGGUGCGUUGCUGUUCUGGAACAUCAAGCCCGACACAACCCUCGACCCCAAGAGGGGGGGUGCGUUGCUGUUCUGGAACAUCAAGCCCGACACAACCCUCGACCCCAAGAGGGGGGGUGCGUUGCUGUUCUGGAACAUCAAGCCCGACACAACCCUCGACCCCAAGAGGGGGGGUGCGUUGCUGUUCUGGAACAUCAAGCCCGACACAACCCUCGACCCCAAGAGGGGGGGUGCGUUGCUGUUCUGGAACAUCAAGCCCGACACAACCCUCGACCCCAAGAGGGGGGGUGCGUUGCUGUUCUGGAACAUCAAGCCCGACACAACCCUCGACCCCAAGAGGGGGGGUGCGUUGCUGUUCUGGAACAUCAAGCCCGACACAACCCUCGACCCCAAGAGGGGGGGUGCGUUGCUGUUCUGGAACAUCAAGCCCGACACAACCCUCGACCCCAAGAGGGGGGGUGCGUUGCUGUUCUGGAACAUCAAGCCCGACACAACCCUCGACCCCAAGAGGGGGGAUGCGUUGCUGUUCUGGAACAUCAAGCCCGACACAACCCUCGACCCCAAGAGGGGGGGUGCGUUGCUGUUCUGGAACAUCAAGCCCGACACAACCCUCGACCCCAAGAGGGGGGGUGCGUUGCUGUUCUGGAACAUCAAGCCCGACACAACCCUCGACCCCAAGAGGGGGGGUGCGUUGCUGUUCUGGAACAUCAAGCCCGACACAACCCUCGACCCCAAGAGCCUGCAUGGUGAGUCGUACGUUACGCCCUCAGCUAGCCAACGCAUGGAUUUCGCAACGAGUAGGCUAUGGCACAUGUCGCGCCAGCGCCCGCCGACCCCUCGGGCUGCCAUGGCGGGUGUUGGAGGCGCGUUCGGCGGGAGCCGGUCGCUGCAGCCAGUUCCCCCGGAGAAGGGCGUGUUCCCAUUGGACCACUUCGGGGAGUGCAAACAGGUUAUGCGUGAGUACAUGGACUGUCUGAAGCAGCACGGCAACCAAUCAGAAAAGUGCCGGGACAUUGCAAAGAAGUACCUGCAAUGCCGUAUGGACAGGAACCUCAUGGCCCCUCAGAACCUCUCAGAGCUUGGAUUUGAUUCAGCACCGUCCUCAGGAGAUGCGUCAACAGCAGGAAAAGCAACUCCAGGUCAACAGACUGCUGAGGAACCAGCAGCUGCAGGUGCUGCUGCUGAGGAUAGUUCUAGCAGCACCACUAAUAGAAGAGAGGCUCGGGGUUUUAUUGCUGGAAUCAAUCCUAGAUAG